AUGAGACUCGCGAAUAAACGCCGUAAGCGCGAGCGAAAUCAGCAGAGGCAGUCGAAGAACCUGACCACGCUUGUAUUGCGUAACACAAAACAAGCAUUUCGAUAUAAGACAUUUUAUACCGGCUUAUUGGCAUACGAGUGCGGGCACCAGCGUAUGGAAUUUUGUGUGGCUAUUCAUAAAUUAAACGAUGAUACUGCCAACGUUACAUCAGGCUUGGCCACAUUUCUAGGCAGGCAGUUCGGCAGUUGGAUUCCCUCCUUGCAGAGUAUGUUCCUGUCUUAUAGCCUGAAUGAUGUCGGUUUGAAGAGAGUUGACCGUAUUCUCGCGGAUGCAGUUCUGGCGGACGGGCUGUCCAAGAGCACACAAAUGCUAAAUUACCGCCAUUACUUAGCCACUCGGCUUCUGUUGAACUACCAACUGCCAACAGCAUUAAUGCAUCCGGCCGGCAGUUCUGGCGUACGGGCUGCCCAAGAGCACACCGUACCAGACUUCUGUCGAUUAAGGAUUUUUUACAAGCGCACACUGUCCACAGAGAUUUCAGUCGCAAUCGUAUUGUACGAUGAAUUUCAUUCCUUCCUUCCACUGCCCAUUGUGCGUACUCGGUUAGGCAUUCUCAUGGGGAUGGAUCAACGUUCUGACCUGCCGGUUGCUCUUCCCAAGUCCUAG